AUGUGGCUUCUGUCGUGGUCAUAUCUCGCCGCGGUCGCGAUCGCAUCGUCCAUUCCUCUCUCCGUCUCACAUGAGCUCCACCUCCCUUAUUAUCCCGCUACGCAUGCCUCUCAACGUUCGAAUACCUACUUGUCCCUACAAUGGUCCGUGACAGAUGGCUGUCUCUAUGCCAAUCAUGACCAGGUCUUCCCCCCAACCACGUCGAUGCAGAUCCGUGCGCCCGAGGUCCAGGGCGAGUCUCGUGUGCCUCUGAACCAGCGUGAGCUGGAAUUUACAUAUUCGCUGAACGCGCGACGUCUCUCCUCCGAAGAGGUGGGCAACACGUCCAAGAUUGUGCGCAUUCAAGUGGAACUUCAAGACCUUCAGGGCGCUCCCGUCACGCACGAUGUGGUGGUCCUGGAUCUCCUCGCCCACCCGGACGGCAGUCAACGCAUCACCCGCCUCCGAAUCGAGCCCGGGAUGGGCCAUCGCAUGCACGGGAAUCGCCCCUGGCACAUGACCUUCUGGCAGAGUCAAUCCUCCAAAUCCAACCCCGAAUCCGUCUCGCCAGAGGGUCCAGCAUCCAAGACGGUCCCCGACCGGCCCGCUCCCGCCACCAUCGACGACACCACCGAAGGAACCUCCGUGGGGUUCAUCUUCUCUCCCUACUGGUCCCCUUCCACCUCCUACAACUCCCAUCGAGGGCACGGCCACCGACGACCGCCCCAUCCAGCUCGUCCCUUCAUGCACAUUGUGCGACCCGUCAUUCUCCCCGCCGUCCUGGGCGCCACGGCCGGUCUGGUGGCCUGUCUGGUGGGCUUUGUUAUUGGCCAUCUAUGCAUGUCGCUGGCGGCUCGUCUGGGACUGCGCCGACCCGGAUCCUCAGGACCACCCGCAACAGUUGAUGUGGAACAAGGCUCACUCGGAGAAAAGCUUCCGAUCAUCUUGGAGGUCUGCGAAUCUGAAGAGGACUCGGAUUGA